GGGGAGUGUUUCGGAUCCUGAGAGGAAGUGAAUGAUUCGCGUUUGCACUUGACGAGGGGAAAUCAUAUUGUUGGGCAAAUUAAGCGCGUAUCCACCGAAUUUUAGUCGUUAAAUGAGAUUGAACCGGUGGACGUACAUCUUCCGUCACGAUAUGGUUUAAAAGGAUAAACGUUUUCGGACUCAGACUUCGUUGCUUUGGAUCAACUUGCAUUCACAGGAGGUGGAGGAGGACACACUUUGCUAUUGUUCCAGCUUUCACACGAGCGUUGUGUGUGUGUUUUUGUGUAUGUGUGUAUUAAAUUGCCCUUUGGCUUUAUGGCUACGAAUUUUGAACCCAUUUAUGGACUCUCAGAGGAUGAAAAUGAAUCUCGUGUUCUUCGUGUCAAGGUCAUUGCUGGCAUUGAUCUGGCGAAGAAGGACAUCAUUGGUGCCAGUGAUCCAUACGUCAAACUCUCCCUGUAUGUCGCUGAUGAAAACCGCGAGCUUGCCUUAGUACAAACGAAAACCAUCAAAAAGACUCUCAAUCCCAAAUGGAAUGAGGAAUUCUAUUUCAGAGUCUGUCCACAGAACCACAGGCUUCUGUUUGAGGUGUUUGAUGAAAACCGCCUGGCUCACAUUGGUCAUGAUCGGUCAAAGAAUGGGCAUUUCAACCAUGGUCAGACCAGAGAUGACUUCCUUGGGCAGGUGGACGUGCCUCUUACCUAUUUACCGACGGAGGACCCUGCGAUGGAGCGGCCGUACACGUUUAAAGACUUCCUCCUGCGUCCAAGAAGUCACAAGUCUCGGGUGAAAGGCUAUCUGAGGCUGAAGAUGGCCUAUCUGCCAAAAAAUGGAGGACACGAGGAAGAAAGCAGUGAAAUGAGAGAAGAAGCUGAGGGCUGGGAAGUGACAGACUCCACGGAUCCAGGAUCACAGAGACCCCAGCAGCUCCUGCCUCCCCUGCCUCCAGGCUGGGAAGAGAAGGUGGACAACCUGGGACGCACGUACUACGUCAACCACAACAACCGCACCACACAGUGGAAGAGGCCCAGUAGCGUGGAUGUGGUUUCAGAAACGGAAAAUGAUAAUCACUUGCGGCAGAUUAACCAGGAAGCCCACAGAGUUUUCCGCUCUCGGCGGCACAUUAGCGAAGACCUGGAAAAUGAGCAGCUGGACAUCAGGGACAUAGACGACUCAUGGGAACCCAUAUCAGAGGAGGACCCAACUUUAUUGACGGACGGUCUGAACCAUUCUCUGUCCGGACCGGCCUCUCUGGCGAUGCCCCUCUCCAGCACUCCAGAGUUCUCAGAUGAAAUCAGCCUUAGAUUAUCUCUUGCUCCAGACACAAACGGAGAAAUCCCAGGACCCAGCUCUGCUGUGAGUCAUCUUUCCUCUCGGCUACGCUCCUCUAGUAUGACCGACUGAGUCAGUGAUCAAGCUCUGCCUCCCACACCAACGCAGAGUUCCCAGAUCCGACGAACAAGAGCACAAACGGUCACAGGCGUUGAGGACACCAUGUCUCCAUCGGCCUCCUACGCCCUGACCACACCAGGACUUCCACCAGGCUGGGAGGAACGCAAAGACCCCAAGGGACGAACGUACUACGUCAACCACAACAACCGUAGCACCACCUGGACACGGCCCAUUCUGCAGCACACUGAAGAUGGAGCCAGUACCUCAGCUGCAGCAGUAGGGGGCGCUACGGCAGCCACUCCCCCCGCCUCCACCCCUUCCUCCUCCAGCGGCCAUCUAAGUGAACCUCAAGUGCGCAGACCCCGUAGCCUCAGUUCCCCCACCGUCACUCUCUCUUCCCCACUAGAGGGAGCCAAUAACGCCCAGAUACGGCGAGCCGUAAAGGACACGUUUUCCAACCCUCAGUCCCCACAGCCUUCUCCCUACAGCUCACCCAAAUCCCAGCAUAAAGCUAACCAGAGCUUCCUGCCCCCUGGAUGGGAAAUGAGAAUAGCACCCAACGGACGGCCGUUCUUCAUCGACCACAACAGCAGAACCACCACAUGGGAAGAUCCUCGCUUAAAGUAUCCCGUUCACAUGAGGACAAAAGCGUCCCUGGACCCUGGCGACCUCGGCCCACUUCCUCCUGGGUGGGAGGAACGAGUGCACGCAGACGGAAGAACCUUUUACAUCGACCAUAACACCAAAAAAACGCAGUGGGAAGACCCGCGCCUCCAGAGUCCUGCCAUUACUGGACCCGCGGUGCCGUAUUCCAGAGAAUUCAAGCAGAAGUAUGAUUACUUCAGAAAAAAGUUAAAGAAACCGGCAGAUAUUCCGAACCGUUUUGAGAUGAAGCUACACAGGAAUAACAUCUUGGAGGAGUCUUACAGACGAAUCAUGUCCCUGAAGAGACCCGACAGUCUAAAGGCUCGUCUCUGGAUUGAGUUUGAAUCGGAGAAAGGCCUGGACUACGGGGGAGUGGCCAGAGAAUGGUUCUUCCUGCUCUCCAAGGAGAUGUUUAACCCUUAUUAUGGGUUGUUUGAGUACUCAGCCACAGAUAACUACACGCUUCAGAUCAAUCCAAACUCCGGCCUCUGUAAUGAGGAUCACCUCUCAUACUUCAAGUUCAUCGGUCGAGUGGCCGGCAUGGCUGUGUAUCACGGAAAGCUGUUAGACGGUUUCUUCAUUCGACCGUUCUAUAAAAUGAUGCUGGGCAAGCAGAUCACGCUGAAUGAUAUGGAGUCAGUGGACAGUGAAUACUACAACUCUCUAAAGUGGAUUCUGGAAAACGACCCCACUGAACUGGACUUGCGGUUCUGCAUUGAUGAGGACAACUUCGGACAGACGUAUCAGGUUGAUUUGAAGCCAAGUGGAUCAGACAUGGUUGUAACCAAUGACAACAAGAAAGAAUAUAUAGACCUGGUGAUACAGUGGCGGUUUGUAAACCGGGUCCAGAAACAGAUGAACGCCUUUUUGGAGGGCUUCACUGAACUCAUUCCCAUCGACUUGAUAAAGAUUUUUGAUGAAAACGAACUGGAGCUGCUGAUGUGCGGUCUGGGAGACGUGGACGUCAAUGACUGGAGGCAGCACACCGUCUAUAAGAACGGCUACUGCCCUAAUCACCCUGUGAUCCAGUGGUUCUGGAAGGCUGUGCUGUUAAUGGAUGCCGAAAAGCGGAUCAGACUUUUGCAGUUUGUCACCGGAACAUCCAGAGUGCCAAUGAACGGCUUUGCUGAACUCUACGGUUCCAACGGGCCGCAGUUGUUUACUAUCGAGCAGUGGGGGACACCUGACAAACUCCCUCGCGCUCACACCUGCUUUAAUCGCCUGGACCUCCCGACGUACGAGUCAUUUGAAGACCUGCGCGAGAAGCUUCUGAUGGCGGUGGAAAACGCUCAAGGCUUCGAGGGCGUCGACUAAAGAAAUCCCUUUAUAUACAUGCGAUCUCCUAACGCAACCGACGAGCAAAGACAUGUACAACACACUCUCACACACACGUCUAUACUCACACAUACACACUCUCGAGUUGCCAUUGUACAGCCAGAUCCCGGCGGUCACAGGUGUGUGAUGUCAGCACAGUAUAUGCAUGUAGUCUGUCUAGCUGGAACGACAUUGGCUGUGAACCCGUUUCGACGCCAAACAGCCCUGCAGUAUCCCACAAAUCAACACGUUUUAUUUCAAUAUCCAGCUCUGAGGCCGUAGCUACUUUUAUAUUGAUAAAUGAGAAAAUUCAGUAUUUGGGUGUGGCCUCAGAGUGGGCGUGGCCUUGAUAUUCCACCGCAACCAAUCCCAUUAAUUUCACAAAUACAGUCUAAGUUCAGUGAAGAGGCAACUCUUUUAUAUCAGGUCUUACUAACACCAGAUUACCUUAGGAAUCACAGCCAGGAUGAAGGACACAUCCUCAUCCUCCCUUAUCCCUCAAACUACGCCAAGUUUCCCCUCUUCCUCCCUUUCUUCCUUCGUCGAGGAUUAUUUUUUUAUCUUCUUUUUUGCAACGCCAAGAAGCAACGGGAAUCGUUUUUAAUAGUUUAUUAUUAUCGCUGUUAUUAUCAUUCUUACGGAGUAAACGGAUAUUUGUACCAACAAUGUGGUUUACUAUUUUAAACAACGUUAUCGGAAAUGCAUCGGUGGCCUGGCUAUAGUCAAUAUCCAUAUCAUUGUGGGUAAUAAAAACAAACAAAAAAACGAAAAAACAAACAACAACAAGGAAAAAAAAAAUCAACAUGAUUAUUGUAUUGCUAUGAAAACUGGCAUGAACAUGUAUCUUGUGUUUCAAUAUGAUUACGUAGUAAUUAUAAAGCUAUUCUCCUUCUUGGUUGAGAGAGCAAAGGUGGAAAACGUCGACAUGCAUCGGACACGGGUUUGUCGGAGAGGGUUUUCUUCAAUUGUAAUAAGUAUUGUUCUUAUCUUUAUUAUGAUUCUACCUGUUCAUAAUGCUGUAAAUGAGUUUGUUUUGGGGGAAAGAGACGAGAUUGGACUUUUACUGUACGUGUUAAAUCUGUUUGAAAGUAUUAAAGAGCGACACAGAGUGAAGCUAUCUUAAAAGCGCUGUGAUUCAACACUGCAAGUCUAGUAGACUUUCAGGACGUAAACUCUUUCUUUCUUUCUUUCUUUCUUUCUUUCUUUCUUCCUUUCUGUUUCUUCUAACACCACUUUACCUAAAAGGGCACUUUAUUGAUCACACACUAGGGUCAUGUCACCUGUUUGUUUGGUUUUUUCUUUUUUUCUUUUUUUUGUGAACUUGAAUGUGAUUAUCUAUUUUGUUCUUUUAAAAGCACUCGUUUCCUUGGUGCAAUAUCUCUCGUUUAUAAUCGGCCUGCUGCUAACAUAUCAGAUCCCAGCUCGGCUCUGCAGCUGAUCCGGAGUCAGUCUUGGUUGGUCAGUGUGAAUCCGGAUCUGCUCCACCUGGAGUCAGACUUCAGACUGGUUCUCGUUUUCUUUUUCGGUCUUUUAUCUGUACACCUCCCCACUCACAUUUUUUUCGGGCCGCUGUGGCCCUGUAGGUGAUAAUAUUAUGAUUAUUGUUAUUGUUAUAAAUUACCCUUCCUCUUUUGUAGGGGCAGUUCUUUUUUUAUUGAUGAGGAACAUUUACUGUCUGGUUCCUGCUCACCGCGAGACCUUGCGAUUCGUAUAACUUCGUUCGAAAUAAACUGAUAAAUGGAA